AUGGAAGCAGAGAGGUUUAGUAGUGAGCAGCUGAAGAGUAAAAUGGAGGCAGAGACGUUGCGUUCUAAUCACGCUCCUGGCUUUCUUAGCCGAGCUCUUCCGGCUGUUGUACCCGUGCUUUUGAUUUCAAUAGGAUAUGUUGACCCUGGAAAAUGGGUGGCGAGCAUUGAAGGUGGUGCAAGGUUUGGUUUUGAUCUGGUGGCUUUCACGCUUAUUUUCAAUUUUGCAGCUAUCUUCUGUCAGUACUUAUCUGCCCGGGUUGCUGUAAUCACUGGAAGAGAUCUUGCUCAGAUUUGCAGUGAUGAGUAUGAUACAUGGACAUGCCUUUUCCUUGGAAUUCAAACGGAACUUUCAGUGAUUAUGCUAGAUCUUAACAUGAUCUUGGGCAUGGCACAAGGAUUAAAUCUUAUUUUUGGGUGGGACUUGUUCACCUGUGUCUUUUUAACUGCCACUGGUGCUGUUUUUCAUAUACUUCUUUCUGUCCUCCUUGACAUUGAGAAGGCAAAAUUCCUAGGACAGUUUGUGGCAGGCUUUGUAUUGCUAUCGUUUAUACUUGGACUACUCAUCAAUCAAUCAGAAGUUCCACUUUCUGUGAAUGGAAUACUAAUAAAGUUGAGUGGGGAGAGUGCAUUUAUGCUUAUGAGUCUUCUUGGAGCAACUCUUGUGCCUCACAACUUUUACCUUCAUUCCUCUAUUGUACAGUGGCAUCAGGGACCGAAAAACAUUUCUAAGGAUGCAUUGUGUCAUAACCAUUUUUUGGCCAUCUUAUGUAUCUUCAGUGGCCUUUAUUUGGUAAAUAAUAUGCUGAUGACCACAUCAGUAAACGAGUUCUACAGUACAGGUCCUGUUUUGCUUACUUUUCAAGAUGCACUGUCAUCAAUGGAACAGGUGUUGCGCAGCCCAAUAGCUCUGCUUGGUUUUGUUUUCAUUUUGUUUCUUGCAAAUCAGACUACAGCAUUAACUUGGAGUUUAGGGGGAGAAGUAGUAGCGAAUGGUUUCUUAAAACUAGAUAUUCCAGGUUGGCUUCAUUAUGCGACAAUUAGAGUGAUUGCUGUGCUGCCUGCUCUUUAUUGUGUCUGGAGUUCAGGAGCUGAAGGGAUGUAUCAACUACUUAUAUUCACUCAGGUUUUAGUAGCCCUGCAACUUCCAUCUUCUGUGAUUCCCCUUUUUCGAGUUGCUAUGUCUAGAUCAAUAAUGGGUGCCCACAAAAUUUCCCAGUCUCUGGAACUUUUGGCAUUGACCAUAUUCAUUGGGAUGCUUGGCUUGAAUAUCGUCUUUUUGGUAGAAAUGAUAUUUGGCAAUAGUGAUUGGGCGGCUGAUUUGAGGUGGAAUGUUGGGAAUGGCGUGUCUGUCUCAUAUGCAAUUCUUCUCAUUGCUGGUUUUAUGUCAUUAUGUUUGAUGCUUUGGUUAGCUGCCACACCUUUAAGAUCUGCCAAUAUUCAUCAAUUAAAUGCUAAGGAGUUGAACCGGGAUGUGCCAGAGGCUGUACUGACUCCAAUGGUUGAUGGUGAAGAAUCAUAUAUAACUGAAACAGCGCGUCAUGAAGAAGCAUCUGUUGAAGUCGACGAACCAAAACCAGCUUUAGCUAGCACAUUUGAGUACCCAGAAGUGUCACAUGAAAGUUUUUGUCCCAUUCUUCCCAAAACCAUAAUGGAACCUGAUCCCCAGGUGAAUGCUGUAAAGGGGGAUAAUUCUGUUGCACCAUCAGUUUCCACAUCAGAGACAGGGGAAGCAUCUACUGUAGUUAAUGAUAGUUCUGAUUCUAGACUUGCAGAUACAAAAACUAUAAUGGAAAGAGAUGCCCCAAUUGAGAAAACUGUGGAAAUUGAAAACGAUUCAAACGCUGAAAGGGAUGAUGAUGAUGGAGAGUUAUGGGAAACUGAAGAAUCGUCCAGGGUGGUCUUGCCAAAUGCCCCAUCUUCAACAUCAGAAGGCCCUCCAUCAUUCAGGAGUAUUAGUGGGAAAAGUGACGACGGUGGGAGUAGCUUUGGAAGUCUAUCGAGAAUAGAAGGCUUAGGACGUGCGGCAAGACGUCAGCUAACGGCCAUUCUUGAUGAAUUCUGGGGACAGCUUUAUGAUUUCCAUGGGAAUCCUUCCCAGACAGCAAAGACCAAGAAAUUUGAUGUUUUGCUGGGGAUGGAAGUAGAUUCAAAACCCACCCCUGCCUUGCAGAAAAAGGAUGCAUGUGGAAAGGACUUUUCUGAAUACUUAGUAUCUGCAGGCAGUAGAACUUCCGACACUUCAAUUAACGCUGGUCCGUAUGACUAUUCCGCGCAGCCUAGGAUGCAAAGUAAUUCAGAGUCUUCAUACGGUCUUCAAAGGAGUUCUUCCUCAGUGCGGGCAAAUCCCAUCCAGUUACUGGAUGCAUAUGCACAAAACUCUGCUCGCAAUUUCCUUGAAUCUGGUGAGAGGCGCUGUUCCAGUGUGCGCAGUCUUCAUUCAUCCGAGGCUUGGGAUUACCAGCCAGCUACAAUACAUGGUUAUCAGACUGCAUCCUAUCUUAGCCGGGGUGUGAAAGAUAGAAGUUCUGAAAACAUAAAUGGUUCAAUGCAAUUGUCAUCACUGAAGUCACCUUCCACGGGUAAUUCAAACUACAGAGAUUCCCUUGCAUUUGCUUUGGGAAAAAAGUUGCAUAAUGGUUCAGGUGUAAGUCAUCCCCCUGGUUUUGAAAAUGUAGCUGUCUCUAGAAAUCGCCAACUACUAUCUGAGAGGUCCAAUUAUGAUUCUUGCACCUCUGGACCUGCAGCUAAUACAGUCAAUUCAAUUAACACUAAGAAGUACCACAGCUUGCCUGACAUUUCAGGAUACUCCAUCCCUCACAGAGCUGGCUACGUGGCUGAUAAGAAUGCACCAUGGGAUGGUUCUGUUGGAUAUGGUUCUUUUACUGGUAGGAUGGGGUACGAACCCUCUUUAUAUUCAAAUGCUGGACUAAGAGCAGGAGCUCAUUUGGCCUUUGAUGAAGUCUCUCCAUCUAAAGUGUACAGAGAAGCACUCUCUUCACAGUUGAGUUCUGGUCUUGACACUGGAUCUCUCUGGUCUAGACAGCCUUUUGAGCAGUUUGGUGUUGCUGAUAAAAUUCAUAAUGUUGCAAUGGAAGGUGCAGGAAGAAGGCCAAAUGCAAUUGUUCAAGAAACUACAUUUGAAGAUAUAGAAGGGAAACUUCUUCAAUCUUUCAGACUUUGCAUUAUGAAGAUCUUAAAACUGGAUGGGUCUGAUUGGUUGUUUAAACAGAAUGAUGGAAUUGAUGAAGAUCUAAUUGAUCGUGUAGCAGCAAGGGAGAAGUUUGUUUAUGAGAUUGAAGCUAGGGAGACAAAUCAGGCUGUUCAUAUGGGCGAUACUCGUUACUUCCCUUCUGAUAGGAAAUCUGUUUCUUCGAUGAAAAGCGAGGCAAGUGCCUCUAGCCUUUUAGUUUCCUCAGUUCCUAACUGUGGGGAGGGAUGUGUAUGGAGAUUAGAUUUAGUAAUGAGCUUUGGAGUCUGGUGUAUCCACCGUGUUCUUGACCUCUCACUUUUGGAAAGCCGACCAGAGCUUUGGGGGAAAUACACCUAUGUGCUCAAUCGUCUCCAGGGCAUCAUUGAUCCAGCCUUUGAGAAGCCCCGUACCCCUCCGGCCCCAUGCUUUUGCCUUCAAGUUCCCAGUACACACCUGCAAAAGUCAAGUCCCCCUCUUUCUAACGGGAUGUUACCCCCAACUGUGAAAGCAGGCCGGGGCAAAUGCACUAUUCCAUCAACGUUUAUUGAGCUGAUUAAAGACGUGGAUAUCGCUAUCUCUAGCAGAAAAGGACGUACAGGUACUGCAGCAGGUGACGUGGCAUUCCCCAAGGGGAAGGAGAAUUUGGCAUCUGUUCUCAAACGGUUAAAGCGAAGGUUAUCAUCCAGCAAGCUUUAUGCCAAUCAGAACAAGAUCCCCUCUUAA